CAAGAAUUUAUCAAAUAAAUUAGGGAAUGGACAGGCUUUGGUUUAUUGGUUCUGGAGAACCAAUCUUUUAUAAGACGCGCACAUACUGUUCGCGUAACUAUCGGUGCGUAUUGAUACUCUCGAACAUGCGAUUCACAGAGUCCUUGCACACAUCUUCAUGCUGGCUUAGCUUCGCUGUAGGUUCAAAGGACAAUUCUUGCGUUUUCUAAGAGGUCUGUAAUUGUAUUAUCUCCACAAUGGAUUUCACUAUUCGGGCCGCUACACCAGAAGAUUGUAAAGACAUAUCUCGGAUGAUAAUAGAAUUGUCAGACUAUGAAAAAAUGGCCGAUCAAGUCAAGAUAUCUCAUGAAGAGCUGAAACGGGACGGCUUCUGUCAAAAUCCUUUCUAUCAGUGUCUCAUUGCAGAGGUGCCCGAGGAACACAAAACUAAAGAUGGACACGUCAACGUUGGCUACGCCCUAUUCUUUUAUACCUAUAGCACAUGGAAAGGCAAGUGUGUUUAUAUGGAAGAUCUGUACGUCAUGCCAGAAUUCCGAGGUAAAGGGAUUGGAAAAGCACUGAUGAGCUCAGUGGCCAAAGUGGGCAAGGAGCAGCAGUGUGCCCGGUUGCAGCUGUCCGUUUUGGACUGGAACACUCCCUCAAUGGACUUCUACAUCGCCAGGGACGCUCAGGACCUCACCAAAAGCGAAGGGUGGCACCUACUUCGCUUCGAUGGGGCAGCGCUAGACAAGCUGGCAGAGGAGGCCCCCAAGAAGUAAUCCUUGAACAAUCUUGGCUGUGAUGAUUUGUAGUGACUGUUUGUGUUUAUAAUGACUGUGAUUGUGUGUAUGGUCAGUCAUGAUCCUCUCAUACAUUACAUCAUUGUUAGUUACUGUAAGUUGAUUUUCACCGUUUAUUGCCAUUCCUCUGGUUAUUUGGAAUAUGAUUUUCUUGACCCUCUGGGUGGGAAUUAUUUUUUCUAUAAAAUAUCUGCGACUACACAGACUUAGACUGUGCCACGAGUACACUUGAUUGCCUUAGUAGAAUCUAAUAUUGCACAAUGUGAUAUUUAUGCACGUUACCAAGUCAACAGCCUUAAAUGUACUGCAAGUGCAGUUAUAAAUUAAAACAUUUUGUCCUGUAUUGCAUAUGGGCAGGUAGUGUGUCUUUUUAACCGUCCACACUUGAACAUAAGAUCUACCAACUGUGUAAUCAGCAUUGUGCAAUUGCUUAAAGUCGGGGCACACCGACAAUUUAAGUCUGAGGGUGGAAAAAUGAUGCAGCCCAUCAUUUCAUACUGCCAUGUCUGUUAACUGUACUUGACCUUUUCCUUGCGGAUAUGUCUGGGUCAUCUGUGUGUGGGUUGUUUAUAUGCUUCUUGUUUAUUAGACUAUUAAGAGCAGUUAUGAUUUAUUUGCCAUCAAUUCUGUUCACACAUCCCUCCCUGAAAGUACACAACCAUGCUUUCUCAGUCGGUGUACCAAGAUAACAUCUUUUAUAUGUACUGAAUUAUUAGUCCAAUGUGAUUUGAGAUCAUUUGUCCUGUGUGGGUUGUGUAAUACAGUUUUCUGUGUUAACAGCGCCCCCAAGUGGCACUGUUGUAGUGUGUCAGCUUUAUCCAGUGAAGCUGGCGCACUAGUUAUUUGUAAACAACAGUAAGUAUUUGUAAAUAACAAUAAUAAAUAACAGUUAUAUACAGUCA